CUCAUCAGUCCACAGUAUUAUCUACUCUGAAGCUUUCUCAUGAUGCCUUUUCAGCUCCACUUAUCUUCCUUCCUCUUCUUCAUCUCUGUAUCUAUGUUUGUCCUCGUUUCCGUGUCUUCAUCUCCUGACUAUAACCAUUUCAAAGAGAAUUGUAGCAGUCAGUUUUACUGUGGAACACAAGAAGUCCAGCAUCCUUUCUGGACAGAGGAUGGGAUCAAAGAGUGUUGUCGUCCUGGAAUGGCGAUCAAGUGCGAAAGUAAUCAGCUGGAGAUAGAGAUUAUGUCAGGAUGGUACAGAAUUUUGUCCAUCACUCAAGAGACGCGUACUCUGAAAGUUGAGCGUACGCACAGCCCAGAUGAUACUUGUGAUAAGAAACUUGCUGAUGACAUUAAUCAUGGUUUAACUGGUGAGGUUCGCAAUUGCUCAGAUGGCUCUUUUGAAUACCAUUGCUCUUCUAAUGAAAAUUUGGGCCAGAAAUUUACAUGCAACAAAAGUGGUACGGCUAAUGAGGUUUUCAGUGUAAAAGACCCCAUUCUGAAGGGUAUCAUUCAAUUAAGCAAAGACGGCAUUGCAAUUCAAGGACAGCAUGGCUAUGCUGAGGUUGUGCGUCGAUUUUCAGAAGUUUUCAGUAAACCAUUUGAGUUAGAAUACGAAGAUGAUGGUGGAGACUGUUACUCGCGUCUUCAUUCCGAUGGGAGCUGCGGACAUAAUUGGACUUCUCAGGAGUUCACAUGCUUCUGCUCGGAUCAUCCUCGCCCGCAAAACUGCCUUGCAAGGGGUCGGAGUUCAUUGAAGCUAGUCCUAGGCGCCUCAGCUGCUGGAAUAGGGAUUUUGAUAUUACUGGCUCUCUGCAUCAUGAUCAAAUUUAAUAAAUCCUUGAUGUUCUGGAAGAAGCAAAUGGGGAACCAUCCGAAUGUUGAGGUCUUUCUAAGAAACCAUGAAUCCUUAGCUCCAAAGAGAUAUCGCUAUUCUGAUGUUAAAAAGAUGACCAAUUCAUUCAAAGAUAAACUGGGUGAAGGAGGAUAUGGAGGUGUUUACAAAGGAAAGAUGCUUGAUGGCCAAAUGGUGGCAGUAAAGGUCUUGAGUGAAACAAAAGGUAAUGGAGAGGAAUUUAUCAAUGAGGUUGCAAGCAUUAGUAAAACUUCCCAUGUCAAUAUAGUAACUCUCCUAGGCUUUUGCUAUGAGGGUCCAAAAAGAGCCUUGAUAUAUGAGUUCAUGGCUAAUGGGUCUCUUGAGAAGUUCAUAUAUAAUGGAAAUCCUUCGACAAAUGGUCGAUUGGGAUGGGAAACCUUGUACAACAUUGCCAUUGGCAUAGCCCGAGGACUAGAGUACUUACAUCGUGGUUGUAACACACGAAUUGUACAUUUUGAUAUAAAGCCUCACAACAUUCUUCUAAAUGAAGAUUUUUGCCCAAAGGUAUCGGACUUCGGCCUAGCUAAACUAUGUACCAAAAAAGAGAGUAUGAUAUCCAUGUUCGAUGCAAGAGGAACUCCUGGAUAUAUUGCUCCUGAAGUAUUCUAUAGAAGUUUGGGGGGUGUCUCCUACAAAUCUGAUGUCUAUAGCUAUGGAGUGAUGGUUUUAGAAAUGGUCGGAGGAAGAAAGAAUAUUGACGUUGGUGUUGAUCGUAUUAGUGAAAUAUAUUUUCCACAUUGGAUAUAUAAUCACCUUGAACUAGACGAACUUGGAUUGCAGGGGCUUAUGAGUGAAGAAGACAGGGUGAAUGCUAGAAAGAUGAUAAUAGUGAGCUUGUGGUGCAUACAAACCAAACCUUCAGAUCGUCCACCAAUGUGCCGAGUGCUGGAUAUGUUAGAAGGGAGCCUCCAAUCACUGCCAAUCCCACCCAAGCCUUUCUUGUUUUCUCCUGCAAGAUCAAUGAAGGAUUCAUCGACUACAUCAGAAUUAUGAAGUUGUUCUGCUGAAAUGUAUAUAAAUACGUCCCUUUUUUUUUUCCUGCUAGUUCAUUUCAACUUCGCCCAAAUUAAAAGUUUUGACUAAUAUGACUUAUGCUCUUCAAGACUUUGACAUUUUUACAACUUCUCAUUUUAAAAUUGUAAGUUGAAGAUAAUCAAAUUGCUCAGCAAGUUAGUUUAAAGGAUCAUUUGAA